AUGUCUGUGAAAUCAAGCACCGAAGCUACGGAAUAUACCUUUGGGGAGUAUUGGGGUAUAAGUUAUCAAAACAGAGACUUAGACUCUCCUAUAGGAUCUAUCCCACCAAAUGCAUCUAGUGUUCUAUUUAAACAUGGUCAAACUAGUAAUCAGGCUGCUAUUGGCCAAACUAUUACUAGUCUAGCUAGUCAGAUUGGACAAGUUGGGGGUAGCCAUGUUGGCGUUGACCAAAUUGGCGUUGACCAAAUUGGAGUUGGACAAUCUAGAGAUGGACAGAACAUAGCUUGCCAAAUUGGAGAUGGCCAAGCUAAGAAUAGUCAAACUAUUAGGAAUAAUGGCGAUCAAAGCUAUGGUCAAAAUCAUUAUGGAACUCGGCCGGGCAAUCAUGGCCAAGCAUUUGGUCAAAAUUAUUAUGGUCAACACAAUCGUGGUUCAGGAUUCGGCCACAAUAAUUAUGGCCCAGUGAAUUACCAGAAUAAUAACGGCCCACGCCAGGGAUAG